AAGUUUAUUGUUGUUUUGCAUUGCAUUACUUACAUGUCGCCGACGUAGACAAAAUAUUAAAGAAUUUAUUUGUGAUUUUAAUUGCCCUUUACCAAAAACAGAAAAUAAAAGAAGUUAUUAAACGCUCUUGCCUCUACCAUAAGCCAAAGUUUUCCCAGCACACGCUCAGCCGCCGCUCACUCAGUCUAAAGACAUAUAAAUAGGCGCGUUUCAAAAGCAGGUUUUGCAUUUGUAGCAAAACAGUGCAAGCGCACGUGCAAUAGGAAACCGUUCAAUACGAAGUCAAUCAAUAAUAAUAAACAAUCAAAGUGUACAACAUGUCCCAACAACCUGUUGCAUUUCUAACAAGACGCGAAACGUUCAGCGCUUGCCAUCGGCUGCAUAGUCCUCAGUUGAGCGAUGCUGAAAAUUUGGCAAUCUUUGGCAAGUGCAACAAUUUUAAUGGACAUGGCCACAACUAUACAGUCGAACUAACCGUGCGUGGUCCCAUCGAUCAACGUACUGGCAUGGUGCUUAAUAUAACAGAAUUAAAGGAUGCUAUCGAAACGGUGAUUAUGAAACGUUUGGAUCACAAGAAUCUGGACAAGGAUGUCGAGUACUUUGCCAAAAUUCCCAGCACAACAGAGAACUUAGCUGUCUAUAUUUGGGACAACAUACGCACACAUCUUAAGAAGCCGGAGCUUCUGUAUGAGGUGAAGAUUUAUGAAACGCCAAAGAAUAUAGUUACCUAUCGUGGUCCAUAUCAGUUGAAUGGUCUAUAUAAUGCAAUGAAUAAACGCACGCCACGCGACUCGUGUACCAAUAUCUCAUCCGAUUCGGAUUAAAUGUAAAGAAAACUUUCGAAUUUCUCUCUCGUUUACUUUUGCCUUUGGACCAAUGCUCAGUACAGCACACACAACUAAAAUACUUACGCAUUCUGUGAAUUUUUUUCGCACAUAAAUAACAGAUUUUUAGUUAUUAACAAGCGAGUUA